AUGGGUGGCGACGGGCGCAUUAGUCGCAACACGCUGAUUGGUGGGAAGUACCACGUUGUAAAGCAAAUAGGAUCUGGCUCUUUUGGUGAUGUUUUCCAAGGGACAAAUAUUCAAACAGGUGAGCAUAUUGUGGUGAAGUUGGAGCCGGCGCGCGGUCAGCAGCGGCUGCGGUCGGAGGUGUGGAUGUAUCAUCAUCUCAGAAGAGCGGGAGGGGAUCACUUAGUGGGUAUUCCUAAUAUUCUUCAUUACGGCGUACAGGGAGAUUUUAACGUGAUGGUUAUGGAUCUUCUCGGGCCCUCAUUGGAGGAUCUUUUCAGUUUCUGUGGUCGUCGGCUGUCAUUGAAAACAACGCUGAUGUUAGCGGAGCAGAUGAUUGCGCGUAUUGAAUUUGUCCACAGUAACAAUAUAAUUCACCGUGAUAUUAAACCUGAUAACUUCCUAAUGGGAACGGGAAAGAAGGGCCAUCACGUGUACAUCAUUGACUUCGGACUUGCAAAGAAGUACCGUGAUGCACGAACACAUCAGCACAUUCCAUACAAGGAAGGCAAAAGUUUAACUGGGACGGCACGUUACUGUUCCAUCAACACACAUAUUGGCAUUGAGCAGAGCCGACGUGAUGAUUUGGAAGGUAUCGGUUAUAUCCUCAUGUAUUUCCUCCGUGGCUCACUGCCGUGGCAGGGUUUAAAGGCACCUACGAAGAGGGAACGAUAUAUGCGACUUGCAAAGUUGAAGAUGUCUACUCCCUUGGAAACUCUCUGCCGAGGCUUCCCUGCUGAGUUUGCGGCAUAUUUGAACUACACCCGUAGUCUACAUUUUGAGGACAAACCGGAUUACAGUUAUUUGAAACGUCUCUUCCGUGAGCUUUUUGUGCGUGAAGGUUAUCAUAUGGAUUAUGUUUUUGACUGGACACUAAAGCGGAUUCAUGACACAUUACAUCCCUCCAGUGAUGCUGCGCUUGAAGACGGUGAUGAGGAGAGUGAUGACACCGAAUGA